AUGGGAGACAUCUGCUACAAGUUCGUCCGGCUCCGGAACAGCUUCUGGGGAGCCCAGGCCUGGUGCCAGGCCAAUGGUGGGUGCCUGGCGCAUCCCUGGAACCCAGAGACACAGGCCCUCCUGAGCCACUGCCUGGUGGAAGGAGAGAAGUGGUGGGUUGGCCUGCGAGAGCAUCCAGGCUCCUCUGCCCACAGGGCGGAUGCAGCUGUGACCCCCUUCCCUGUCGGGUGCAGUUACAUCAUCAGGGACUCAGGCACCAUCAGGUCCAGGAGGGACACAUGUGCGCAGGAGCUAUAUUUCAUCUGCCACUUCAACUGGGGAAAGCGAGAGAGAAACCUCACAAGGGGACACCAGGCCAGCCACAGGGACCAGCACAGACACCAGACCCGCCACGCGGACCAGAACAGACACCAGACCCGCCACGCGGACCGGCACAGACACCAGACCCGCUGCGGGGACCGGCACAGACACCAGACCCGCUGCGGGGACCGGCACAGACACCAGACCCACUGCGGGGACCGGCACAGACACCAGACCCGCUGCGCGGACCGGCACAGACACCAGACCCACUGCGGGGACCGGCACAGACACCACACCCGCCGCGAGGACCGGCACAGACACCACACCCGCCGCGGGGACUGGCACAGACACCAGACCAGCAGCAGGAACCGGCACAGACACCAGACCCGCCGCGCGGACCGGCACAGACACCAGACCAGCCAUGGGGACCGGCACAGACACCAGACAGGCCGCAGAGACCGGUACAGACACCACACCUGCCGCUGGGACUGGCACAGACACCAGACCGGCCACGGGGACCGGCACAGACACCAGACCCGCCACAGGGACCAGCACAGACACCAGACCCACUGCGGGGAUCAGCACAGGCACCAGACCCACCGCGGGGACCGGCACAGACACCAGGCUGGCCGCUGGGCACCUCGCGCAACGCAGAGACGCAGCCACGGCCUGGCCAGAACAGUCACCACCCUGCAGGACCCUAACCUGGACCCAUUUACAGUGAACUCUUGGACAUUGCUCCAGGAUGCUUCCUCGGACAGGGCCCUUCAGGCCGUGGAGGACACAAUGAGACAAUUCAACCAGGCCAUCCGAACUAUCCACCAUCUGCCAGCGCUGCAGAGAGCCUGCCACACCCUCCAGCGCCUGACAGAGGGCACCCGCUUGCUCUCAGAGGCAGCCCAGAAAGAGGCCAGUGAGUCGCUCCUGUUCCUGAGCACUCAGCUCCUGCAGGCACCACUCCCCAGCAAUAGCAGUGGCUCCGCCGCCAGCACACCCGCUGCCACCUCGCUCUUCCAGUCCUUCAGCCACCUCCUGACGGCCAUGGACAGCAGCACACCCACGUCGCACUGGGCCCGGAACCAGCUGACGGAGGCUCUGGAGAACACCAUGGCUGCGCUCACAGGGAUACAGACAGUGCUCUGGGAGGGCAGCUGCGCUGUGGAGUCGUCUGUAACAGUGACCUCUCCUGUGGCCAGCACGAUGCUGAGCAGCCGCAACGCCUCCACUUUGCCCUGGAGCUCGUACCAUCUGGCUCAGCCAGUGCCUCUGACGCUGGCCUUCCCAUCAGCCUCUGCCUGGGGAGUGCUGCUGAGCAAACACCCCCGCGUGCAGGUCCGGGUAACAGUCCUGGCAGUCAACCCCUUCAAGCACCUGGACGGGAAGGAGAUCGGGAGCAUUGGGAACAUCUUCCUCACCGCCAACAAGGAAUCUAUCCAGGUGCAGGACUUACCCGAGGACAUCGAGAUCCGGCUGUGGAGAGACGAGAGCGCAGAGACGUCUCCCACUGGCCUCAACAUCAGCACAGAGGAGUUUGUGAUCGAGGUGAACAUCACGUCCAUGGAAGACGCCCUGAUUCUCCGUGUGCUACCCGACGUUCCCCUGCCCAUCGAGCUCUACCUGGGCUACCAGCACCCGUUCAACGGCUCCCACUCUCUCCUCAAUACCACCCUGCCCACCAGCCAUGGGCAGCACGCUGCCGAUGCUUUGCAGCUUGCCUCCAUGGCCCCUACCACGAACGGCCAUAUGGUGGGACCUCAGAGCACAGUCAGCAGCAUCCAGUGCCUGUGCAACCACCUCAGCGUCUUUGGCAGCUCCUUCUUCGUUGUGCCCCGGACGGUGAACAUUCUGGACACAGGCAAGCUCCUAAGCAAGGUGGCCAGCAACCCGAUUGGGGUGGCCUUGCUGGCCAGCCUGCUGGUGCUCCAUGGUGCUGUUGGCGUGUGGGCGUGGAGGAGCGACCGAGUGGAUAUGAGAAAGGUGAAGGUCACAGUCCUGGCAGACAACGACCCCAGGGCUCACGUCCGGUAUGUGGUGCAGGUCUUCACUGGAUACCGCAGGGGAGCAGCCACAACAGCAAAGGUCGUGCUCACACUGUACGGGACAGAGGGACGGAGCGAGCCGCACUGCCUGCGGGACCCCCACAAGCCUGUGUUUGAACGUGGUGGGCUGGACAUCUUCCUCGUAACCACCUGGAGCUCCCUGGGGGAGCUGCACAACAUCAGGCUCUGGCACGACAAUUCUGGGUCCAGCCCCUCCUGGUACGUCAGGCAGGUGGUGGUCAGCGACGUGUCAGCCAGGAGGAAGUGGCAUUUCCUCUGCAGCGCCUGGCUGGCUGUGGAUCUGGGUGACUGCCAGCUCGAUCAGGUCUUCCCAGCAGCCUCCAGGAGUGAGCUACUCUCCUCCAGGCAUCUGUUCUGCUCGGCUCUUGUGGAGAAGGUGACACACGACCACCUGUGGCUGUCGGUGCUGACCCACUGCCCCUGGGACCCCUUCACACGGCUCCAGCGCCUGGCCUGCUGCCUGACACUCCUGCUUUGCACCAUGCUCAUCAACAUCAUGUUCUGGAGAGACUCGCCGGAGGCUGGCAACCAGGCAGCCCUGCAGCCAGGGCGCAUCCUGCUCACCUGGCAGGAGCUUGUUACCAGCGUGCAGACCGCGCUUAUCCUGCUCCCUAUCAACCUGGUCAUUGGGCAAAUCUUCCAGCUGGUCCCACCGCAGGAACUGCCGCUGCCCCCCACAGGCAUCCGGCUCCCACGGGCCUCUGCACCCCCCCAGGAGGCGUCCCCCCUCAAGCGCAUCACGCAGGAGCUGAAGGCGACAGUGGGGUUUCUGUCCAGGACCAAGCUCUGCCUGGAGCACGAGGCUCUGCCCCAGGAGAUGGACAGUGUCCCUGAGCUCGUGCGUAGCCUCUGCUGCCUUGUCGGCUCUCACCUCCGCAGGGGCAUGGAGCCAGCGGAGCCCUGCCUGGUUAACGGUACAGACACCAAUGGCCUGCUCCUGGGAGCCACCCCGCUCCGCCUGCCUGGGCCAAUGGAGGUGGGAGCCAUCCUACCAGCAGCCCCAUGUGCCUGCGCCCGGGAGCCAGCAGUGCCACUGCCAAGCCUGCUGUCUCCUGGGGGCGGGAGGAGCUUCCCCAUCUCGGAACCCCGAGGGCAGAAGGCCACCAUCCCCUUCCGGCUCCUGCGAGAGACUCUGUUCAUCUGCUGGGUCACUGUGGCUGCCACCAGCCUGGCCUCAGCAUACUUCACCAUCCUCCUCAGCCUGCAGCUGGACAGGCAGAGAGCCACCAGCUGGGUCAUCUCCAUGCUGCUCUCUCUCCUCCAGAACAUCUUCAUAAUGCAGCCACUGAAGGUGGCUGGCCUCACCCUGCUCUUCUCACUGGUGCUGAAGAGGAUGCUGUGGCAGGACAAGGGGAAGGAGCAACAGCUGCAGAGGAGCCUGGCUUUCCUGGCACAACUCGUUCUCCUGGCCUCGCUGAUGGUCGUGUGCUACACAGAGCGGAGCCCCCAUGAGCUGUACUUCAACGAGGCCAUUCGCAAGAGCAUCACACCCAACUUCCACCGCAUCCGCGGCCUGGGGGACUUCUAUGGCUGGGCGCACGGCACACUCCUGCCCAGCCUUGACGGGCCACACCCAGGGUUCAUCUCAGACGGAAAUGCCCUCCUCCUCGGCAGUGUGCGAUUGCGGCAGCUCCGUCCUCAGCCACAGCACCAGCUCUGCUCCUGCUGCCAGCAGGACACAGGGGGCCAUGGGCCUGGCUGGGGUCCCCCUGGCCAGAGCAGGGGGGCACAGGAUAGCAUCUGGGUGAACCACAGCGCAGAGAGCCUGGGGGAAUACCCCGUGUGGGGGCAGCUGUCCCUCUACCCGGGAGGAGGCUACCUGGCACACCUGGGAACCAACUCCAGCCAUGCACACAGUGUCCUGCAGUACUUGGAGCGGAGCCGGUGGCUGGAUGGAUGCAGCUGCGCCGUCUUCGUGGAGUUCACGGUCUAUAACGCCAAUGUGAACCUCUUCUGUGUGGUCACCCUGCUCCUGGAGACCCCCGGGACAGGUGCCUUCCUCCCCUCUGUGGAGCUGCAGAGCAUCCACCUCUACAGCGGCAGCGGCUUGACCCAGCUGACCUGCGCACAAGGCAUCUACAUCCUGCUGCUUCUCUUCUACACCUGGGUGCAGGGGCGGCGGCUGAAGCAGCAGAAGUGGAGAUACUUCAGCAGCCAGAGAAAUGUGCUGGACAUAAGCAUAAUUUUCAUCAGCCUGGCAGCAUUUGGUGUGUACAUCAAGUGCCGUCUCCUGCAGAAGAGUGUGAUGGAGAAAUACCACCAGGACCGGAGCAGGUUUGUCAGUUUCUACGAGACAGCGCAAGUGGCCUCUGCUUUCACCUACCUGCUGGCCUUCCUGGUCGCCCUGGCCAUGGGGAAGCUGUGGAACCUGUUGUGCCUCAACCCUAGAAUGCACCUGAUCAGCAGCACGCUGCGCCGAGCCUGGCAGGAGGUGCUGGACUUCCUGCUGGUGCUGCUGGUGCUGCUGGCGGGCUACUCCAUGGCAUGUAACCUUCUGUUUGGAUGGAGCAUUGCGAACUACAAGACUUUCUUCAGCUCGUCUGUGACCAUUGUUGGGCUCCUGAUCGGGAUCUUUAACUAUGACACGGUGAGAGCCCAGAGCCUGGUACCAUUUUGUUUCCCCUAGAACAGGGCUCAGUGCAAUCAAGGACCUGUUGCUGGCCCGUCUAAUCCAAGUGUAGCAGGAAAAACAAGAGGGUGGAGCCCACAAAAGUGGUGCUGUGCAGUUACUCACCCCAGGCUUGGUACCAGGCACUUCCUCACCCAGGGCUGCUGCUGCCAAGGGCACACUCCCUGAGAGAGAGCAUGCAGCUCAGCCCUCCACAGGAAGCUCUCAGCCUCCACUGGAACAUGCAUCUUCGCAGGGUCAUGUGCUACAGGCCCAGACAUUUGUGCAGAUUGGAAGAGUUUGGCAACAUUUACAUGUGCCCCAGGUAAACAUGGCCUCUGUAAAAGGCCCUGGGAGCAGCUGCUUGUGCAGGCUUCCACAUGUGUGUAUCUAAGGAGAGGCCCAGCUGGAAGCAUGAUUCUGUACUUGCGCCCCCUUCAUCUUUUGGCUCUGUGCUGCCGCCUUCUAGGUUAUCAACUUAGACCCAGUCUUGGGGUCCUUGCUGAUCACCACCAGUGUCAUAUCCAUGCUGUACGUGGUCAUUAACCUCUUUGUCUCUGGCCUGCUGUCAACCUUCAGCAAGGAGCGAGCAUCUGCCAGGGUAGGUACAGAUCUCGGGCUCCAUACCCAAGCUCUCCCCCAGGCCUGUGGCGGGUGGGCAGGAGGCAGCCUCACUCAGAAGCAGGCGGAAGGUUUACAUUCAGCACAGCUGGCUUCUAGCACCCAGCCAAGUUCAGUGAGGACUGUCACUUUGGCCCUGCCUCCACUUGCUCUGCUGACAAGCUGGGGAUUAGCCUUUUUUAUUUUCCUCCCUCCUUUCCAGGCAAACAAGGAUGAGUCCAUGAUGGAAGUGAUGCUCCUAAAGCUCUCGGGCCUGUUAGGAAUUAAGCAGCAGGCCCUGUAGCU